AUGGUGGCGCAUAUUUCGGUCUGGUCACCCGUCCAUUUCUUCCCAGAUGACUGGAAUACUUGGCGGAUCACCUACGAGGAUCGCUGCAAGCACGACGAACGCUUCCAGUUCCUGCGUCCCAUCAACGGCUACAUAACCGGUGAGCAAGCGCGUACCUUCUUUGCACACUCUAAAUUGCCCACUCUACUUCUGGCCAAAAUCUGGGAUCUGGCGGACCUCACCGCUGACGGCCAGUUGGAUCGCAGAGAGUUCUCCAUCGCCAUGUUUCUCAUCAAGAAGUGUCUUGAAGGCAACGGCCUUCCCUCUCAACUCCCGCCCUCUUUACUACAGGAGCCACAACGUUUUGUCCCACCCACUCUUCCUGAUCGAGUUAAUCCACCUACCACCUUAACGUCCAAUAGUAGCAGUGGUGCCGGCCAGAUUGACUCCAGCGAGUGGAGCAUUUCUGCCGCCUUGCGUCCCAAGUAUAAACUCCAAUUCAACCAGAACGACCGCAAUAAACGCGGCUAUCUAACUGGUGUUGAGGCACGGGGUAUCUUUCUCAAAUCCAACCUGCCUCACUCCCAGUUAGCGGCGAUUUGGAAUCUCGCCGAUGUGGAUAGGGAUGGUAAUCUUACCUGUGAGGAGUUUUGUAUCGCUGCCUAUCUCAUUGAUCAAGUGCUGGCGGGUCGGAGACUACCCUCUACGUUGCCGCUUACCCUCAUGCCGUCGUCUCUCGCUCAACAAGGUGACCUUCCUAAAUUGACUCCGAUUGACGGCGAACAGAAGGAGGAGUCUGAGGGUCGAAUGACGUUUGAGGACAAGAGAAUGCAAAAUUUCCUGCUGGGUCAAGCAGAACUGGACAAACGGAAACAGGAUUUAGCGGAGCAGUUGAGACAAGAAGAGGAGCAGAGGCGCGAGCAAGCCCGGUUUGAAUCAGAAAAACAGGAGAAGAUUCGGCAGGAACGCGAACGCGAGCGUCAACGCCAAGCUGAGGUAGAAGCGGAGCGAGUACGCGCCCUGGAGGCUCGUCGACAGGAAGUAGCGACCGCGCGCCUUCAGGCAGCGCGUGAGGAGUUGCGCCGGCGUGCUCUGGAUACGGAGAAGUUACGAGUGGGGGCUCUCAUCAAGGAGCGCGCUCGCCAGAUUCAGGCUCUGGAGCAGGCGAAGGCGCACCGCGCGAGCCUAGAGGAGUCGGCGGCUUCGCAGACGACGCGGCGCGAGGCGGUACAGUCACGUGUCACCGCGGCACAGGCGGAAGUGGAGGCACAGAAAACAGCCAUUCUCGACUUGGCGGCGCAACGUGAUACGGUGGAACGCGAAUGCCGCGAUCUUGCCGAACAUGUGGAAGCGGCGCGCGCAGAACUGCAUCGGUGGCAGAGGGAGGAUGAGCAGUUGCAGCGACAGCUCGCUCCACCACCCUCUGUUGCUGUUGAUAUUACUAAUACGACAGAGCAGCAGAAGACUCUUCGGGCUAGUCUUAAGCAAGUUCAAGACAGUAAGCGUCAAUUGGAACAGCAACUGGCACAGCUAGAGACGGAGGUGUUGCGUGGUGGACAGACACUGGCGAGCCAUCGACACUCAGCGGAUGAGUUGGCCAAGAAGCGCACCCUCCUUGCUACUGAGGUGAACGCUUUGCUGGCAACUUUAUUGGAGCGACGUCGCACCUACCGUCAGCAACAACAUCAACGCCACAAGGAACAUGAAGCGGCGGCUGCGGCAGCAACAGCUGGGAAGCAGAAUGAUGUGGACGCUGCUAGUAGCAUCACAAGUACGGCACUGGAUGCAGGACCUUCGGAGGCCUACACUGCCCUCUAUGCCUACACUGCGACACGGUUAGAUGAACUAACAUUUGCGGAACGCGAUAAGAUCCAGAUAUUCAUCAACCCGCCGUUCGAGGUAUGCGAAGGCUGGCUGUACGGUGAAAUGGGUGGGCGUCGAGGCCUCGUACCUGCUUGCUACGUGAAGAAGGCGUCAACCGACGUCGAUGAGGUCACACCCGCUGCCACUGGCGAUCCCUUCGCUCUGCCCACCACCACUAGCUCCGCCACCGCCUCAACUAAUCCUUUCCCUGCUUUUACAGGACCCGUGCAUCAGCCCAACUCUCUCCCUCUCGUGGAGGACACACCGAUGGCUUUUAAUGGGGCAAAACCGCUCUUCACUUGUUUGGCGUUGUACGAUUUCGAGGCGAAGCUGCUAGGAGAUUUGAGCCUCCAAAUCGACGAUAAGGUUGACGUCUUUGUGGACAACAAUGGGUGGUACGAGGGUGUCUCCCAGCGCACGGGUCAGCGUGGUCUUUUCCCAGCCAAUCACGUGCAGAAGUUGCAACCUGAUACAGAACUGUCAACCACAAGCGGAACAACUGCCCAAACCUUUGCAUUCGCUAUUCCAACUGAGGAAAAGAGAAGUGCUAAAAUCUCACCAUCACCACCGUCUUCCACUGUUUUCAUCAAUCAAGAAGAGCAGAAGGGGAAUGAGAAGAAAGUGGAAAUUGAUUCGGCGAUGAUCACAAUGUCUAAGACGCCGGAGCUAGCCGUUGUAGUAACACCCUUCAUAGCGCAAAGCAGCGAACAGCUUUCUCUUAAUACGGGUCAGUAUGUAAAGAUCCGAAAACGAUCUUCCAAUGGCUGGUGGGAGGGCGAAACCCAGCUACGAGGUCAGGAUCGACAAAUAGGAUGGUUUCCGGCUGAUUAUGUUCGUCUGGUCAAUGCUAACAAUGCUUCUGGUGAGUUAACAACCAACAAAAGUGUUAACUUCAUAUUGCAAUAUUUUUCGCUCUUCUAUGAGGUCUCAAGGGAUACCGUAGAUCAUCACAGACGAGAUCAAGUGAUCAGGAAGAAUUGUGUGAUGCGCAAAAACCAGACAGCUGCAGCAUCAAUUGAACCUGCAUUGGGACCAACGCCAGUGGUUCAGGAAUUAGCGGCUGACGCAGCUGUUGCCGCUCCUCCACCUUCCACUAUCGAGGUUGAACGGCAGAGCUCCGGUCCAUGUGCUUCCACUUCCACAACUACAACAACGUCGGCAGAUCUUGCUUUGGCCUCUAUGGUGCAAUCAAUGUUUGCAUACAAGGCCUGUCAACCUGAUGAGAUGACCUUUCCCGAGGGCGCACUGAUCGAGGUUCUGACGCACGAGGAGGAGGGCUGGUGGCGCGGACGCAUUCAGUCUACCGGUGUUGAAGGCCUCUUCCCUGUCAACUAUGUCAAACCCAUUCAGCCCGACACUGCUACUACUGCUGUUUCCACCCCUACUGCAUCAUCCUCCACUGCCGGUGUCGUCUCAAAACCUUCUGCCCAUCAAGGCGAUAGAGCAACAAGCAGAAAGACUGUGGUAGCCGCUAAGGACACCCGUUCCACGCGGCAGAACACCAUACUUGAAUUCAUCGAAACUGAACGUCAGUACCUCAGAGAUCUGGUCGAGGUCAAGGAGAAAAUCAUCGAGGGCUUGAAGAAGCUGAAUGUGAGUGAAAGGAGGCUUGUACAAAUUUUUGGCAAAUGGACAACUCUGUGUGAUAUCUCGGAAGCUUUUAACAAAGAUUUUCAGGAACGUAAAACACAUCUGAAGAGGGGUCACAAUGAUGUUAUUGGUGACAUUCUCAUUCGACAUCUGCCCAAAUGCAUGGUGUAUCGCGAGUUCUGUGCUAAUCAAGAUCUCGCCCUAAACAAUCUGCAAAAGCUCUGUGAUGAGAAACCAGAUGUGGGUACAUUUUUGCACAGCUGUGAGCGCUUCAUGCGAGUCCAGGCCAUGCCGCUCUCUAGCUACUUCCUCAAACCAAUGCAACGCAUCACCAAGUACAAACUCCUCAUUGAAAAGCUGCUGAAAUACACCCCAGCCAACCAUCCCGAUCGCAGCAACUUAGAGCAAUCAUUUGAAUUAGCCUCCACAGUGUUGGCAGCAUGCAAUGAAGCCAUUCGAAAUCGCGAGUCCUUUACUCAGCUUCAAUGGCUGCAAGAUCACGUAACUUUUGAAGGCGACAACACGUCUCUAGGUAUUUGUGGCGAGGACGACAAGCGGUUGGGUGAAAUGGAGAUUGAAGUGGGAGGUGAGCGUCGGCGUCGGUUGCUCCUGCUCUCGGGCACACUCUUCAAGGUGAAAUCACGAAAGGAACUUACCGCCUUCCUCUUCACUGAUAUGCUCCUCCUUACUCAACCCGUCAAUCUCUCAGCAAGUGCUCUACCAUCGGGAAAUUUCACCCUUCCUCUGAAACCUGACGCUACUCUGGUCAAGGCGAACUUCAAGACCUAUAGGCGUCCCAUAUCUCUGGCUCAAAUCAAUGUAACCACAGCUGCUUCCGUAUCUCCAAAACAGCGUCGCCGCUCCGUAUUCCACAAUGCCAUUUCCCGUUCGAGUCUUGCUGAUCUCUCAAGUGUUGUCAGUGGAGGCAGUGGUAGUGGUAUUGCUAAGGUUACCAAGGAGACCCGAUCCAAACGUCUCUCUCUGGCGAACCUGCGUCAGCACUCUUUUAGUCUCAAUAACCUCAGUGGUGCUUCUGCUGAUGUGGUCGAAAGUGCCGAGCCUACUGCUUUCAUCAUCACCGACGAUGGCGAUCCGAAUGUCCGAAUUUUGGUCCGCGCGCCCACUGAAGCACUGAAGAUAAUGUGGCUGCAAGAGAUACGCAAGGCGGCAGUGGAGUAUCAGCGUUAUCUGAACCUCUUCAGAAAUCCUUUCCUUUCGGAUAUUGGCAAGGGGUCUUUCUUCGCUGCUGUUAUGAAUUUGACUGUCAUUUCGGCAACCGAUUUGCCUAUGCUUGGCCCUAACGAAGACGAGCUGCCUUGGCCCUAUUGCGAGGCGAGUGUAUGUCUUCGUUCCAAACGCACAAACGUCAUUCUAAGCACACGCUCGCCAAAAUGGAACUCUUCACUGCGUUUCACUGUAAAGGACCUUACCCGUGACGUCGUCACCUUAUAUGUUUACAGUAAAAACGCCUCCUCCGCGGCAGAACUGUUGGGUAAAGCGGAGGUUCAGAUGCCCGAAAUUGUGGAGCAUUGUCGUGGUGGUGAGACUUGGAAAAUCAUUUUGCCACUCACCUUAACCAACUCUGAUGCUAUGGGUGCCUCAAUCACUGUCAGUUUCAGUCUUACAGAAAAUGUGGCCUGUCUGGGAGAUGAAGAUUUUAUCAACGUAGGGCCUGAGGUGGAUCCUGAGUAUGCGGUGUGGUUCCAGUUGACCUUCUGGUUCGUCGUGGUCUUCGCAUCGGUUGUUUGGGUGGUGUGUUGCUGGCUCUGGAACAUGGAUCCGGGCCGCGAUGGCAUCAUCUACCGCCUGAGUGUUGGCAAACCGAAGUCGGAGUAG